UGAAAGAAACAGGUCAUUCUACAAGGACGACAAAUAAAUGUACAGCACGCGACUUGCUUCUGUGACUCGACCACUAGGAAUAAUUGAUCAUGAGGAGGCUCUCCGGGGCCGCCUUCCUUCUCUACCUCCUCAUCGCUCUCCUCGGCCCUUCCAAUGGAGCUGACACCUUGACUCUUGACCACCCCCUCGCUGACGGCGAGGAACCCUUGAUCUCGGAGGGCGGCAGCUUCACGUUGGGCUUCUUUAGCCCCACUGGUUCUGACAGCCGCUAUAUCGGGAUAUGGUACAAGAAGAUCUCAGUCCGAACGGUGGUGUGGGUCGCCAAUCGCCAGCGGCCUGUCACCGGCAACCAUGGAAGCCUAUCCGUGGCGGCCAACGGAACGCUCGUCAUCACCGGCGAGAACUCGACCGUCGUCUGGUCCUCACCGUCGUUCGCGCUUUCGAACCCGGUGGCGCAGCUCCUCGACGAUGGGAACUUUGUCGUCAGGGAGGCGGAUGGUAAUCCUAGUGAUCCCAACAGCUUUGCGUGGCAGAGCUUCGACUACCCGACCGACACGCUCCUGCCGGGCAUGAAGCUUGGGUGGAAUCUGACGACCGGUUUCAACCGCACACUCACGUCGUGGGCGAGCGCCAGCGACCCGGCGCCGGGCGAGUACACCUUCGGCAUCGAUCUGCGCGGCGAUCCCCAGAUCUUUGAAUGGUCAGGGACGCGUAAGGUGUGGCGCGCUGGCCCAUGGAACGGGCUGCGGUUCACCGGCGUCCCACAGAUGACGUCCUACAACAUGCUCUCGUUGCAGUUCUUCGUCGACGCCACCCAGGUCGUCUACGUCUUCUACAUGAUCGACCCUUCCUUCGUCUCCAGGCUGGUCGUGAACCAGUCCGGCACCCUGCAGAGGCUGGUGUGGGUCAACGACAGCAAGUUCUGGAACGCCUUCUGGUACGCCCCAAUGGACGCAUGCGACACCAUCUUCCCGUGCGGCCCCAACGCCGUCUGCGACACCAGCAGGUCGCCGCAGUGCGGCUGCCCGCAGGGGUUCCAGCCGAAGAAUCCGACCAACUGGGGAUUCAGGGACGGCUCCGACGGGUGCGUGAGGAAGACGGAGGUGGACUGCCGGAAC